AUGGAGGAGGACAGGGAAGGCGUGGGAGGCGCCUCGUCAUCUUCGCUUCUCUACAACCCGUUUGCAGGCGUGGUGUCGGCCACCAAAUCUCUGUUGGGCGUGCGUGACAGCGAAGACGAGAAAAAGCGAAAUGAUGGCGAAAAAGUGGCUCUUGUGGCGUCGAUCCCCGAAAUCGAGCAUCACCAUCACGAUCAACAACAAAUCGACGACAAGCGGCAACGAGGGCGUAUGGGGCACGUCAAGGAAAGCAGCUUCGACGAGCAGCCCGAGCUCAUCACAGUCGAUCUCGACGCGCUGCCCGCCGCGGUGGUCUUCGGGCCGCGUGGGCACGUGCACACCGUGGGCAGCAACAUCAGCAGCGGCCGGGCCGAGCUGCGGCGGCUCAAGGAGGAGCUCGCCGUGCUGUCCGCGGCGGAUGGCGACGGCUGUUCGCGCCACCGCUCUCGCGACGAUCCCGACGAUGACGAUGACGAUGACGACGAACAAGAAGAGGAAGAAGAUUUGAAUGCUGAUCGCCAACUUGCGGUGACCACGCAGUCGUGGGCCAUCUUCGAGACGGCCAAGGCGUGGUUGCCCACCAUCAACGUGCAGGCGGCGUUGUCGUCAGUCGGCUCGAGCAUCAAAUAUUCCAUCAUCUCACCGCAGACCGAAGAGACGUUCGGUAAGAUCGCAGCCAUUGUGUCGCAGUUCUUUGCCGACGUGGAGGUGAGCUACUCCGAACUCAUCAUGGGCCUCAUGCUGCUCAGCAUCUGUCAGCGCAAGCUGCGGGAGACGAUCCGCACCGAUAUCCCGGUCACGCGCGCGGCGCUGGAGGAUGGCUACUACUACAUGCGCUUCGCCGCCGCGGUCUACGGCUGGCAACUCAUUUACGGAUACAAUUUUGAGGGUAAGACCAAUGGCCUGUUCAAGGGCCUCAUAUCGGGCGACUCGGUGAAUCCCCAGAUCGUGGCGGCCAAGACGGGCAUCGACGAGGCGGACCUCAUCACGACGCAGUGGGACUCGAAGGACUUCAACCCCGGCCACUACAUGGCCUACGACCACUCGCGCAAGACCGUCGUCAUCGCCAUCCGCGGCACGUUCCACCUCCGAGACGCGCUCACCGAUCUGGUGGCCAGCUACGAGCCCUUCGAAGACGGCGUUGCGCACUGUGGCAUCCUGCACACGGCGCAGAAGAAGCUGGAGUUGUUGGAGCCCUUCUUGAUCGAGGCCCUUCGCGCUCACCCCGACUACGGCCUCGUCAUCGUGGGCCAUUCACUCGGCGCCGGCGCCGCCUCGCUCCUCACCAUCCUCCUCCACAACAUCUCGCUCGACCUCGCGAAGAAGUACCGCCACCUGAUCACCUCCUAUGUGAUGGGCGACGAUUUGGUGCCGCGCCUGUCGUACGGUUCGAUGGAGGAGCUCAAGGGCAACAUCCUCAUCGUACUCGCCCAAGAAAAGGGCACCGUGUCGCGCAUGUUCAAGCUCUUUGCCGCCGGCAAUGCCCUGGGCAAUGCGGCAACGAAGAAGCUGGAGAAGCUGCUCAAGUGCAACGCCACACUCGACAUCGAAGAGCUUCAGCAGAAGCGAAAGAUGCUCGUGCUCCCCGAGAAGCUCUGGCCGCCCGGGGUGGUCUACCACAUGUACAUGCUGCCCAAGAAGACCUGGAGCAACGAGGCCCGAGAGCGGCAGCGUAAGCAGGAGCAGGACGACGAACAGAAGAGCCAUCGAACGCCCGAGGAGGCCAUCAUGGAGAUGAUCAUGCAAAACGAGCAGCAGCACAAGCGACGCCAGCACAGCAUGGACGGCGACUUCCCGCAGGCCGCCGGGGCCAGGGACGAUGACGGCGAUGAUGAGCACCGUCGGCUCGUCCACGAGUUUGAUGCCGAGCGAGCCCAGCGCGAGGCCAAACCGAAGCAAGCCGAGCAGCAGCAGCAGCAGCAGCACGAAAAGGUGGAGGGGGAGAGCGGUGAGCAGGUGGGCAAGUGGAGCGACGAGGAGGGCAAGGGCAAGGAGAAGAAGGACGAGCUGCCGCCGCGCAAGACGGCCAGGCGGGCGGGGCAGAAGCGCUACGCCAUCGAGGAGUCGGCGCCGUCGCUCUUCUCGGAGAUCAUCGUCUCGGGCAAGAUGUUCAGCGACCACUUCCCCGACGUCUACGAGAACGUGCUCAAGGCGCUCGUCGACGAGCUCGAGGAGGAGGACGAGGAGGAGGCGCGCGGCGGAGCCCAGAGGUCGCCGUCGUCGAUCGGCGUCGAGCGCGACGACAACGUUGGGGGCAGCUCCGAGGAGGUGCAGCUCAAGAAGGCCGACCUCAUGCGCGAGUACGCGGAGGGCAAGUCCAUCCUGCGAAAGGAGGCCGCCACCACCAACGUCGAACACGACGACCAACCCGAAGAGGGCGUGAUGAUGAACGAAGAAGACCAGGAGAAAGCGCCGCAGGAGCAGCGAGAGAAGAAGGAUGAAGAAGAUGAAGAUGAAGAUGGUGAUAAUGGUAGUGGCGAUGGUGUACCAAGGCCUCUCCGCGACUGA